UCCGCAAGUAUGUGCAGAAAUGCGAGCUAACGUGGGACAACGCUUGAAAAAAAUAUACUUUAUUUCUUUGAUCAAUCUCAAUUGAGAGUCGUUGUUUUUUGUUGUUUAUUUCUUUUUCAAUGCAUCUUCACUCCACCAUGGCCUUUGAUUGAGGCGGAGUUUUCAGAUCCAGUGAAUUUAUAGUGACGUCGUGGAUUGGAUUGGGAUGCGGAAGCUAGCCGGACAGCUACCCAUCGGUCAAGAGUAAGCCGUGACUUUGUGUUCUCUGCUAAGUAAGAUGACCGGACAUAUUUUACAAGAUUAAACUUUUUGCACCCAUACUCAAAGCCAUCUAAAAAUGCAACCGUGCUUACAUUGCGACGCACACGCCCCGGACAUGUCAGCUGUUCAAGACAUGUCUGGUUUGUUUGCAUAUUUGUUCAACACAGUACAACACCCUUCUUCUCUGAAGCCAAGACACCUUUCGCCGCGAAGCCUUGCACGCCGGCUUUACAUCCUUACACCUAGUCUAACUUAAAAGAUACUAGUUGUGGAUACCGCUUGAGUUAAGAAACCGACUACACACUGACAAGGUGCACCCUGCAGCUCCAACUUAUUGUAAAGUGCAUUGGAAAAUAAGCUAUGGGUGGGUCGGUGUCCUGCUGCAUCUCUCCAAGAGAGAGUCCGAAGAACCACAGGAUAGAGCUGGAGCUGGAGGAAUGUCCUUUUACUGCAGAGGAUGUGAGUGAAGACACUGGAACCUACCUGCAACACAUCAGUGACAGAGAGCUCCCUGACGAACUGGCACAUGAGGCAAACCCGUCGGACCACCCGGGAGCCACCACCCUGUUCCUGAACAAGUCUCAGACGGAUGUGCGAGAGAAAAGGAAAAGCAACUACAUGAACAAUGUGUCUCCUGGCCUUGCGAUGAGGAAGUACAGCUCCUGCUCUACAAUCUUCCUCGAUGACAGCACAGUCAGCCAGCCGAACCUCAAGAACACCAUCAAAUGUGUGGCCUUGGCUAUUUACUAUAACAUCAAAAACAGGGAUUCCAGCCGCUCACUGGACAUAUUUGAUGAGAAGAAACACCCGCUGUCGCGGCAAAAGGUUGCAGACGACUACUUUGCAGUGAACCCCGAGCACAAGCUCAUCUACCGCUUCAUCCGCACGCUCUUCAACUCUGCCCAGCUGACCGCCGAAUGCGCCAUUGUGACACUGGUGUACUUGGAGCGGCUGCUAACUUACGCAGAGCUGGACAUCUGUCCUUCCAACUGGAAGCGUAUUGUUUUAGGUGCCAUCCUGCUGGCCUCCAAAGUCUGGGACGACCAGGCGGUUUGGAAUGUGGACUACUGCCAGAUCCUCAAAGACAUCGCUGUGGAGGACAUGAAUGAGAUGGAGCGUCACUUCCUUGAGUUGCUCCAGUUCAACAUCAACGUUCCGGCCAGUGUCUACGCUAAAUACUACUUUGACUUGCGCUCGCUCGCCGAUGACAACAACUUUGGCUUCCUCUUGGAGCCGCUCAGCAACAAGCGGGCUCAAAAGUUGGAGGCCAUCUCAAGGCUAUGUGAGGACCGCUACAAGAACCUGAGCAAAACCUGUUUGCGGAAGUCCGUCAGUGCAGACAACUUGGGUGCUGUCAAGAACACAAAGGCAAUAUUGUCUUAAUUUGGAACCCGGGCUACCAUCCGAGAGAUGUAAACUGGAACUCUUAAGUUUGAAAUGAAAAUACUUUGCAGACGGACAUUUCAAAGUGUCUCCACAAACUUUUGGAUGCGACCCUGUGGUGUCGUUCCUCGCACGGAGACCAAAUUAGAUUUUGCUUUGCUUACUAUGUAGGCUAUUUCUGCUGAAAUGGAAGAGACUUUAUUCGACUAAAAUAAAAUCAAGUACUCUAGUUGUUGUUAUUUGUUGUGGCUAAAAGAUACAAUUAGACACGUGUGUGUCUAAAAUUGUUCACUGGAAAGUCCCCAGGAAUAAAAUUUCCACCUGA